GCCAUGGCCAUGGCCCGGUCCAGGAGGGACUCUGUGUGGAAGUACUGUUGGGGACUUUUGAUGGUUUUGUGCAGAACUGCGAUCUCCAGAUCGAUAGUUUUAGAGCCUAUCUACUGGAAUUCCUCGAACUCCAAAUUUCUACCCGGACAAGGCCUGGUACUAUACCCACAGAUAGGAGACAAAUUGGAUAUUAUUUGCCCCAAAGUGGACUCUAAAACUGUUGGCCAGUAUGAAUAUUAUAAAGUUUAUAUGGUUGAUAAAGAGCAAGCCGACAGAUGCACUAUUAAGAAGGAAAAUACCCCACUGCUCAACUGUGCCAGACCAGACCAAGAUGUGAAAUUCACCAUCAAGUUCCAAGAAUUCAGCCCUAACCUCUGGGGUCUAGAGUUUCAGAAGAACAAAGAUUACUACAUUAUAUAUGCAAGUUCUGCUGGAUCAACCAGGAAUAAUGAUCCAACAAGACGUCCAGAGCUAGAAGCUGGUACGAAUGGGAGAAGUUCAACAACAAGUCCCUUUGUGAAGCCAAAUCCAGGUUCUAGCACCGAUGGCAACAGCGCGGGGCAUUCCGGGAACAAUCUCCUGGGUUCCGAAGUGGCCUUAUUCGCAGGGAUUGCAUCAGGAUGCAUCAUCUUCAUCGUCAUCAUCAUCACUUUGGUGGUGCUGCUGCUCAAGUACCGCAGGAGACACCGCAAACACUCUCCACAGCACACGACCACGCUGUCUCUCAGCACACUGGCCACGCCCAAGCGAGGUGGCAACAACAAUGGCUCGGAGCCCAGUGACGUUAUCAUACCGCUAAGGACUGCAGACAGUGUCUUCUGCCCACACUACGAGAAGGUCAGCGGGGACUAUGGGCACCCGGUGUACAUCGUGCAGGAGAUGCCCCCACAGAGUCCUGCCAACAUUUACUACAAGGUCUGAGGCCUGAGACCUGCGCCUCCCAAGGGAACUCGCACCUUGUUCUUGGGCACGCAGGGACUGCCUGAGCCUGGCUGUUGGGGGCAGGAUGCCUCCCGGAAGAGCCCGGAUCUGGACAGUUUUGUAGUCUGUAGCUUUUCGACCCUGGGGACCACAGACCCUCCCCGGAAGCUGGAAGACUGCUAGGAGAUCCCCACUUGGACUGCCGCGUUCCCACGCGGACCUCCAAGCCAUGCACCCAGCCACUCAGGCCUCUGCAGAGCCCGGGGGGUGGGGGGGACGACACGGCAGGCUAUGGAUAGUGCAGCCACAUCUUAGGAGAAGGUUGCGCACCAGGCCGGCCUCUGCCUCCACGUUUCCUGCCGUGCACACUGGACUUAUCACUCGGACCUCGGGUUCAGUAUGGUUUUCAAAGAUCUCUAGUGUUUAGUCCUCACUCACUCCUUCUCGUACCAGGGCUCUGCAGCACCUCCCCAGACCCCUCACUCCACGUCCUGCAUCAUCACGGGAUGCUCACCACAGAGAGUCCCAGCUCCACCGUUUUACACCAAGAUCACAUUAGAUGGGUAUUAGGUACAGCACCCUGCUUGCCUGGAGGCUGGGUCAGCGGGAAAGCACGGAGGUGUGGAGGAGUGAGAAGGUGCUGGCUGCUGCCCCUGGAGCACAGUAGGGAAGCGAGGAGGAACCAAUAUAGAUAGUGCUUUGGCUUUUCUGAGAGGUCGGAGACAGGUGGGAGGUGACUGGUGAGUGGUGGGGAGCUGCUCACCAUCACACAGCUAUGCAGCAGGGAAUCAAAGUCCCUCUCCUGCAGGGGAACAAAGGGGCCAUUGUUGUGAAAGGACCGGCUAGAGCACAGAGGGAGCAGGAGAGGGCAGGCCGUACUGGAGCAGGACUGUUGAGGUACUGGCAAUAAAAAGUGCAGCCGUGGAGCUGUGGGAGAGUCCGUCUGCUUUGGGAGAUGUUUUAAGCAGACUCAGCUGCUAUAUUACCACAUUUUAUUAAACACAGGGAAAGCAUUUAGGAGAAGAGCAGAGAGCCAAAUCUGACCUAGAAGUUGAAAAGCCAAAGGUCAAACAGGCUGUAAGUCCAUCACCACUGAGGUUAUUGGAGACUUCUCAUUAGGAAAGGCAGGUCAGAUCCCCAGUCCCCGUAAGUGCCCCUUCCCCCUCCCUAAUUGAGCCUUACACUUUGGGUUUUGGUUUAUGGCCGUGCUGUCCGGGCUCCAAGGCUGUACCCGGGCUCCAUGUCAAAGCAAAGCACACAUGGCCCACCUCUUAGAGUCCUGAAGACGGAAGUAAGUUAUGACGUGGACGGGAAGGAGGAAGAUAGGACAUAUUUAUAAUAGGUGUAUAGAACACAAGGGAUAUAAAAUGAAAGAUUUUUACUAAUAUAUAUUUUAAGAUUACACACAAUACACACCAGAAGAUGUGGAGUUCAUUGGUGGUAGUGAUUAAAGUGAUCCCAGCGAUUAGUGCUUUAAAAAGUGAAAGAUUGGAUAGCUACUCCCCAAAAUUACGAGGAAAACACCAAUAGUGAGAGCAAACAGCAAAAACAACAAGGUCCUGUGGAAAUCUCGAAGAACUGUAGACUAAGAAAGCCAGCCCCUGAACACCAGGAAAUCGAUGUGACCUAGCCCCGGGUUAGACAGCGACAAGACGUGCUGGCCUUUAUUUUCUGUGUUGGAUUUUUCCCUUGCCUUAUGGGCUGAAGUGUUCUCUAGGAUUUAGCAGGUCACACUGAGGGGGUAACAGUUGAACGGUUAGCUGUGGGUCUCUCCUCCUCUCCUGCCCCAUCCCUGCCCUUCCAGAAGAAUAAACAGGAAGCAGGAAGCCUUCCCUUUUUUUUUUUUUUUAAGUGCUAUGCAAAAUAGACAUCUUUAACAGAGUCCUGUUACUAUGGUAACAUUUUGCUUUCUGAAUUGGGAGGAAAAAAAAAAUUCUAAUGACAGCAUUUGAAGGUUCUCAGACCUCCAGUGAGUACCUGCAAAAAAGAGUUGUCACAGAAAUUAUCCCCCUACUUCCCAAACCUGAAGAUGAUGUUGGUUCGAUGUGUGUGUGUGUGUGUGUGUGUGUGUGUGUGUGUGUGUGUGAGUGGGUGUGUGGUACAUGUGUGUACAUAUAUGUAUAAUAUAUAUCUCCAAUAUAUAUUAUAUAUAUCUAUAUCAUAUUUCUGUGGAGUGUUGCCACGGCGACCAGCCACAGUACAUAUGUAAUUCUUUCCAUCACCCCAACCUCUCCUGUGCAUUCAUACAAGAUUUUCUUGUAAGCCAUCAAAAGUUAAUUCUAGGAAGGGGGAGAGGGACGAGGAGGGGGAGACAUGGGAAACCGUCUGAUUUUUUUAAUGAAAUCAAAUGUCUGUGUCAUCGGUUGGCUACGUUUUGGUUCUAUGCUAAACUGUGAAGAAUCAGAUGAAUUGAUGAAGAGUUGAGUUACCUGCAACCCAUUGAGAAGUGUCCUGUGCGUCUGUUUUGUGUCUGGUGCAGAAAAUGACAAUCUUACCAACUGUCCCCUUACUUGGAGUUGGUUCAGCUUUGGAAAGUUACUGUAAAUGCCUUGCUUGUUUUAUCAUCCCUAGUCGCCUAGUCGCCUGGCUAGGAUGGAGCUUGCACCAUCUUGUUUUAAGUGAAGACGCUGUAAAUAGGUUCAGAUCUUACCGUCUAUGGAUUCGGGUGUUACAGUAGCCUUAUUCACCUUUUUAAUAAAAAUACACAUGAAAACAAGACAGUAAUGGCUUUUCUUACCCAGAUUGUGUACAUAGAGCAAUGUUGGUUUUUUAUAAAGUCUAAGCAAGAUGUUUUGUAUAAAAAUCUGAAUUUUGCAAUGUAUUUAGCUACAGCUUGUUUAACGGCAGUGUCAUCCCCUUUGCACUGUAAUGAGGGAAAAAAAAAGGUAUAAAAGGUUGCCAAAUUGCUGCAUAUUUGUGCCGUAAUUAUGUACCAUGAAUAUUUAUUUAAUUUCGUUGUCCAAUUUGUAAGUAACACAGUAUUAUGCCUGAGUUAUAAAUAUUUUUUCUUUGUUUUAUUUUAAUAGCCUGUCAUAGGUUUUUUUAAUCUGCUUUAGUCCCACAUGACAGUUAAGCCCCAGAAAUGGGAUCCGAGCAGUCACAUUCCACAUCUGUUUCAAAAUGAAUUUGUUCUUAAAAAAAUAAAAUAUUUUUUUCCUAUGGAAAAAGCGCCUUCAAA